AUGUCAGCUUCAGUGGAAAGCAUCACGGCGACCUCGUCGGAGCAAGAUGCUGUGCAUGAUGUUGAUAAAAUAGAUGGAUCGAAAAAUGGUGCUACUGGAGUGGUCGAAGUCAUGGACUUGGAGGAAGGAGAGGCGGGAAAGACAUUCUACAGCAAAGUAUCUGUGGUCAUGAUGGUCAUCUUCUCCGGUCUUGCAAUUGGAUCAGACGGAUAUAACGCUGCAGUCAUCGGAAACGUCGAGCUGUUGCUGGCCAUUCUCUAUCCAGAAUCUCUUACGAACUCAAUCUACACCCGACUCUCGAAUGCGUUCCUUAUCGGCAUGAUCGUGGGCAUGCUGAUGUUUGGUGUCAUUGCUGAUCAACUUGGCCGCAAGACUGGCGCUGUAGCGACAACUGCAUUGCUGGUUCUGGGCAUCGUGUUGUCGACUGCUGCAAAAGGAACCGAUGAGACUGGCAUGUUCUGGAUGCUCAUCAUCGCCCGCGGUAUUGCUGGCGUUGGUGCUGGCGGUGAAUAUCCAGUCAGUGGUGCUGGUGCGGCUGAGGCAAGCGAUGAGAACAAAGGCAUGCGCAAGCACCGAGGCUUCAUGUUCGCUAUGAUCGCAGAUCUCUCGGCUUCUCUGGGCUACGUCUUUGGCGGUCUUGUGCCUCUGCUCCUUCUACUCUGUGUGGGACAGAAGAAGGAGAAGUAUGAUAUCGUUUGGCGACUCAGCUUUGCUCUGGGUUUGAUUCCGCCAGUGUCAAUCUUCUGGUUCCGAUAUAAAAUGGCAGUCUCGACCGCUUACCGCAAAGCAUCAAUGAGAAAACAGAAAGUUCCUUAUCUGCUGGCCAUCAAGCGUUAUUGGCGACCUUUGCUCGGCGCGUCAUCAACAUGGUUCUUGUACAACUGGAUCGCAAUUCCCUUCGGUAUCUUCUCUGGCACCAUCACAAAUAAAGUCAAUGCUGGCGACUCACUCAUCACUAACCUUGGCUGGGGUGUCGUGAUCAACUGCUUCUACAUCCCAGGUCCAUUCAUCGGCGGAUAUCUUUCAGACAAGAUUGGUCGCCGCAAGACCAUGGCACUUGGAUUUGCCAUGCAAGCUGUGCUUGGCUUUGUCCUGGGCGGAGCAUACCACAGAAUCGUGCCCAUCUUCCCCCUAUUCGUGGUCAUGUAUGGCGUUUUCCUCACGCUCGGAGAAGUCGGUCCUGGAUCUACUGUCGUUUUGGCAUCCUCUGAGAGCUUCCCUACUGCCAUUCGCGGACAGAUGAUGGGACUUUGUUCGGCGAUCUCGAAAGCUGGAGCUGCUAUCGGUACUCAAGUAUUCAUUCCAAUCACGUCAAGCGCAGGUGAUCAAGGUGCUUUUUUGGUUGGAUCGGGGUUUGCUGUACUAGGUGCGCUGAUAGCAUUCUUCGUCAUCCCAGAUGUUGGCAGAAAGCUGGAAGACGAAGAUGAGAAUUGGAAGAAGUAUCUGGAAGAGAAUGGUUGGGUUGCUGAUUGGGGCGAUAGCGAGACACAAGAUCCGAAAGGUGUCGUCAUCAAUGACAGAGUUUCCUAG